GCUCUUGGCUUAGCACGUUCGUGACAUUCUGCUCCGUGGUCGAGAUCAUUAAUCCUCUCUCGACACAACGCAAUCAAAACGGAUCUUCGAGGGAUACUGACUGACAUGUCUUGCCAUUCUGUGUGCCUUGUGCACGAGAUCAUCAUCGCCGCGCCUUCUGCCAUAAUUGGCGUGAAAGCGGAAACGCAUAAAUUGGACGGGUUAGAAUAUGGCGCCCCAAGUUGCUCACUGGGCGCUUCUCGCGGCCUUUGUGGCAGCGCUCGUGCAUUCGGCGUCCGCGGCCACUGCGCAGAACUUCCAGCCACCGGCAUUCUCGCCGACCUCGGAGUCGACGAACUACACCGGGACGUCAAACGGCACCAUCCAAAAUGGCCCGCUGGUGCCCGGAAAGGUGUUCGACCGCUUCAUUCAGAUAUGGUUCGAGAAUACGGACUUCGAGACGGCGGCGUCCUCACCGACGUUCCAGCAGCUGACAACUCAGGGUGUCUUGUUCACGUCGUACUAUGCGAUGUCGCAUCCCUCUGAGCCGAAUUACAUCGCUGUUGGUGGCGGUGAUUUUUUCGGGAAUGCAGCAGAUGACUUCCGCGCCAUUCCGGAGAAUAUCUCCUCCAUUGUAGACCUGCUCGAGGCGAAGAAUAUUUCAUGGUCUUCUUACCAGGAAUCUAUGCCUUACGACGGCUUCACGGGAUAUAAUUAUACCUCUUAUGACUACAUCUCUGGCUCGGGCGACUACACCUACUACGUCCGCAAGCACAAUCCGCUGAUCAUCUUCGACUCCGUGUCAAAUGUCACCGAGCGUGCUCUUAGAAUCCGCAAUUUCAAUGAUUUUGCUGUCGACGUGAACGCAAGCGCGGUCCCCCAGUGGACGUUCAUUACACCGAAUCUCGUUAACGAUGGACAUGACACCAGCAUCGACUUCGCGAGCCAAUGGAUACAGUACUGGCUGACCCCGCUUCUGAGCGACGAGCGGUUCAAUGACAACCGAACCAUCAUUCUGUUGACGUUUGAUGAGACGGAAACAUACACCAUCAACAACCGGGUAUGGACGCUUGCUCUCGGAGGAGGGCUACCAGCGAACCUGAAAAAUACCACUGAUGACACGUUCUACACUCAUUACUCCUGUCUCUCUACCGUCGAAGCGAACUGGAGCCUCGACUCUCUCGGACGCGGGGACACGAACCAGACCCUCAAUAAUGUCUUCUCGUUCGUCGCGAACGUGACCGGCUGGAAGAACAAUGGGAUUUAUGGCAACUCGAGUGCUAUUCCUCUGCUUAACAUCACUGGAACAAUUCCCGGUCCAUUGAACCCGGAGUACUACAUUCCCUUCACCGCGCCAAACAAGAGCGCUGUGAGCCCUGGCGGUGGGUCUGUCUACGUCGCGUCCGGACUCAACACGUCCUUCACCGCUGCGGAUCUCCCCUCGCCGGUGAACCUCACCGCUCUAGGAGAAACCUUGCCGUGGUCGGUGAACCCUGGAUACGACUAUCCUUACGGCACGAAGGUCUACACUAACACGACCACCACAUCGUCCUCGCCGACUACCAACGGUUCCACUUCAUCUGGAAGCUCGUCGGGCGCUGUUCAUGGGGUAGUGCUCAUUCCUGGACUCACGAUACUGGGUGUGAUUGUUGGAUUGCUUGCGACUCUAUAGGAAUUUUGUACUGUCGCAUAAUGAAGAAAUGUGGGACACUCGUGUUAGCCUGGAUCUAGUGGUAGUUCGUGCGAAACUCAAUUCUCUACGAAGUGAC